ACGUCAAUGGUGGAGAUAAGAUGGCCAACACUCAAGCUCUUCCAUCUGAUGAUAGUGCCAAAUGGAGUGACGAGUCCCUGAGCUGUACUACCUCUGCGGGUUCUACAGACCUACCGAACUUCCAGCUUCUGCAGGACCUGUCAUUAGCACAACAGAUGUCUACUGAGGAGGACCCGCGAGCCACCAGGCGGCGGGAGCGGAACCGACUGGCGGCUGCCCGGUGCAGGGAGAGACGGAGGGAACGGGCAGAGUUUCUCCGAAAGGAGACACUUCAGCUUGAGAACAGGAACCAGAGCCUGCGAGCCAACAUCAGCAGACUACGUCGGGAACGAGAGCGCCUGAAACAGGUGCUUGAAAGUCACAUGACCACGCACCACGGAGAGGGGACGUCCGCUGUCCCGACAGACCAGGACAUGGCCUCCAGCGGCUCCCAGGGGGCAGGGGGUGCCUGCUCUGGAGACGAGGCCAUUGCUAUACUGCACGACGUGGGUAACAACUUAUCCAUGGGAGGAUCGCUGUUGGUACUGGACGACAGGAGUGCUUCUCUGGGAAACGAGAUCUCAUUGCCAUACGGCCCUCCUCAUCAGCCAAUCAUGUCACUCCAUGAGUCACGUCAACGAACCAGAGAAGAAACGAACUGCUAAUGUCCUUUGGUAACAAUGAGAAAAGUUUGUGUUUCGUCUUAUUUUAAGUGUGAGAAGUACAUGGUAUACCUGAAGAUAAAAACAUCGACUAAAACUGUGAGUGUAAUGUAUAACUCUGUACAGCCGUUGUGAUUACAAGAAGCCUCCGUAGCUCCAAUUUAAGUCAGCUUAAUCAUAUUCGUAGUAUUUCAUGACGUUGUAUUGUUUAUUAUAAAAAAAUGAAACCAGGUGUAUUUAAUUCUUGGAAGAAUAAUGUAUAGAUUGCAGUCAGUUUUGCCACUACUAGUUUUGCAAUUAUUAUUUGUGUUUAACAAAAGUAACAUCGAACAACAGACAUAAGAACAUUUCCCUGCUUCUUCUACGCGCACCUAGUGUUUGAUCGAGUUUCAAUUGCAUAUCUUUUGUUCAAAUUCCUUCCAACCACAUUGGUUUGUACAUGAAAGUCCCUCGAUCAAUUAAGGUCAUUUCGAUGAAGAAACAUGGAAAUCAUG